AUGAGCCGAAUGAAAAAGAGCUCGGUUAUAAGUAAAUUUUGUCGCUACUUGUCGCACUUUUUCAAGAAGCUGAUUAACUUUCUCACGAUGCGACGGUUUUUAACGAGAGUCGUAAACAGAGUUCUGCUGAGCGCGUCGUUUUCGCCUGCGAUGGGCACCGAAGCAGAAAUACACACUCAAGGCCGCCGAAAGAUGGUGGUGGGUCUGGGUAACCCGGGGAUGGAGGGUACCAGACACAGCGUUGGUAUGGCGGUGCUUGGCGCGCUCGCCGCCCGGCUCGGUGUGGCAGACCGCUGGCGUGGUGACAAGCACGUGUCCGGUGAGGUCAUUUUGUCAGAAGUGAAGCAAACAGAUGUGGUGCUGCUCCGUCCCCGGCUGCUGAUGAACGUCAGUGGAGCGUCAGUGGCCAAAGCAGCUGCUAAAUACGGCAUCAAGGCUGAAGAUAUCCUGCUGGUCCACGAUGAACUGGACAAACCUCUGGGGAAAACUGCCCUCAAACAUGGAGGAAGCGCCAGAGGUCAUAAUGGAGUCCGCUCCUGUGUGGACUGUCUUCAGACUGAUGUGAUGCCCAGGCUUCGGAUCGGGAUCGGUCGGCCGACUGGGAAAACAUCCGUGGAGCGUCACGUUCUGAGCAGGUUCACCGCAGAGGAGCAGAAGGUUCUGGACUCUGUUUUGGUCCAAAGUGUGGACCUCCUCCUUUCCCAGCUCUGCCCGCAGGACUCUCAGUGCGCCUCCUCCCCAGCAGGGGGCAGACAAGCAGCACAGACGAGGAAGGAGAGGGAACGCUGGGUCUCACCAGCUGAGGACUCUGCCUCGGCUCAGAGCUGAAGCUGAAACCUGAACUCUGUUAUCACACGUGAGCACACACGAACCACUUUUUUCUUUAUUUGCUCUCUUAAUGCUGACGUUACAUGAAAAGAGAGAACAGGUGAAUCCUGGUGUCAGACAGUGAACUUUAUUCAUUUCUGUGAGAAGCCGGCAGUGAAGCCUUAAAGAUUUGAUCGUGUUUUUACUCUGAAGACCUCAUAAACCUCAAAAUAUGGUUACUUGAUUUCAGCAAAUGCAAAGCUCAGCCUGUGGCAGAGGACGGACUGAUACCUGUGAGAUAUGAAAAUAUACUGAAUUAAAUGAAUGUGACUGAUUUUCAUGCACAUUAAAGGUGGCUGAACGUUCUUCUUGUAAUCUUUUAAAUUGCAUAAAUCUGUUGUAGGCACACAGAAGCUUGUGAGCCAGUUCACACAGACCGUCAGAGAGAGCUGAAGGUUUUGGUUUGUGGUUGUUUUACAUCGCAGCAUUUGGAUAAUGACUCACCUCAAGAAUGUAUCUAUAAAAGGCUUCUGUUAAUACACUCACCUCAUUAGUUACACCUUAGUCCUGAACUGGACUGGAUUCCUCAGAGAUUUUGGCCCUUAUUGACGUGAUAGCAUCACAGCUGCUGCAGGUUUGCUGGCUGCACAUUGAUGAUGUCAGUCUGUUAAGUGAUGAUGGUCGGCAACAGUUAGCAGGCUGUGGGGUUAAAACCCUGGAGAUGGUUGUGUGGGAAAGUCCAGGUAUGCAUUCAUGUGAAUGUCCUCACAAACAUGUUUGUGUGUGUAUGAGAGCCCCUCCCUCUGCACACAGAGUGGAGCAGGCCACCUUCACACUGGUAACAGAACAUUUUUCAUCAAAUGACCUCAAACUGCACCGACUGAUCCACAGCAGCUCGCUCAGACUGGACGUAAAGUUUUCAAAACAGGCAAAGAAGAGUUCAGAGGUUCCUAAAAAUAUCAGAUUCACCCCCCUGAGUGACAUGUAGAUUUAUUAACAUGUGAUGGAGUGUUAAUAAAGGUUUAAUAUAUUU